AUGGCUCAUGCUUGGCUCGACUCCCUCUCCGAGGAUUGGCCCUCGCAAGCUGGAUCCGAGACUUCUCCAGCUCAGUUGCCGCCUCUGAAGCCGACAGAUAACAACAAUACACCAAGCGGGAAAGGAUCCGGUAGUCGCAUACCUCUCCCCGUCAGUAGGAUACGACCUUCGAGUGCUGGAAACAGCGACAAGAGUACUGGUGUCCUCAGCGAACGAAGCACCAAUGAUAUUAAUCUUCCACUGUCCCAAAGGGGCCCCUCGAAGCUUUCCCGCGAGAUCAAGCCCAACGAUCAAUCACGUCAAACAAGUCGCGCAUUCUCAGCCUCAACAAAUGGGUCUGUCAUUCAUAAUACUGUACAUCAUAAAUCAAUCAGGUCUUCUCCACUACGAGGAGCCGGCGACACUCCGGAAUGGAAGCGCAGGCUAGUGUACGGCGACGUCGCAUAUGGCGAACAACGAGAUCUCUUCUGUUCUGCAGCCACAGGUCUCGAAAACAUGUUCAAGCCGCCUUCUCCUCCCCAAGAUAAUUCCAUCGCCGAUCAGAGCGUGCGACAAAACACGACAAUGCCCUCUAGCCCGCCCUUUUUCCACCGCCAGCACGAGGACCACGGAGAUGACGAAGACGAAUCAGAUGGCAGGAGCCACAUGGAUCCAAGCCCGAGCCCGAGCCCUCGACCGCGCGCGCCGCACAUUACCUACAAGAUGACCGACGGCUCUCCCGAUCACAGCAAUCAAAGCCAACUCAGUCCGCAGCAAGAUAAUACCUUUGCACAGGAGUCAAGUCUGGCGGCUUCUGUUUCAGGACUUGCACCACCGAACGACGCUUCUAGGAAGACCAGCGGACAUAGUGUCAUCCGAAACGAGGAUUUUAGUCCGAUCGUCCUCACGCUGAUGCGCCAGAAGCAGGAUGAAGCAAAACAAACUUCCGCCCCCACCGAACUCCCCGUCGACCAGCUCCAGAAUCGCCUCGAGAAACUGCGCAUUGAUCAGAUGCUUUUGGACUCACAGGGUGAGCUCAAUUUCGAUAUGGACGGCAGUGUAGAAGAAGGGGACAGCGACAGAGCAGAGACGACCGAGGACUAUGCAAGAAAGGGAGGCUUCCUCAACACUCGGCGCGGUGGCCGGUCUGGUGAUGGGUCCUUCAGAUACAGAGGUCUCAGCCCUGGCAUGGGCGUUGACACGUCUGAGAUGCUUCCUGAAGAGUCUCUGCAGGCUAGCACACCCAAGCAGUUCCCAAGUGUACGAACGUACUCCCCCGGCUACACUUCGAUUCGGUUCGGGUCUCAGAGCCCACCACCACCGCGUGUGCCGAACCCGAGUCCGGAGAAACCCGGCACGUCGGGAACGAAUAGCACAAGUCCUUUGAAGUUGUUCGGCCCGUACGAUACAUUCACGAACCAGACGCUGCUCCGUCGCAUCAGUCAAUUCGAGGAUCAAACAUCUGGAUCAUCGCGGCAAUCUGUCAGCGGUGAAUUCGCCCCAGCUGCUAGAAACCGAAGACCGCAUACUGCUCCUGGCGACUACCUAUCCGUGCCAAAGCAAGAAACGGCCACGAGCUCCCGAUCUGUGAGUCAGUUUGGUGCGGGCGACCUCGAAGGUUAUCAAUUCAAUCAAGAGUUGUCCAUCCGGCUUGAGGAGGAGUCCCAAUUUUUCGAGGAUGACGAGGGAUCUGAACAUGAAUCGGAAGAUGAAGAGUCUGUCCUUCGAUUCGAGCAUGUCGCGGGCUCGCCGGUGCCAGAUGAGGCCUCGAUGUUUGUUCCCAGGAAGCGAGCAAAGUCCGGCACUACGACUGCCUCAUCUUCCAAGCACACACCAUCGGCCAGCGAAGGGAGCGUUCAAAGAGGUAAUGUCCAGUUCGCGGGAGCCGAGGCGUUUAUGCUAGGUACCCCACAGAGACGAGAUGCAUCUGAAGGGAAGCGACCACGUACCUCUCCAUCGAAGGACCCGACGCCGAAGCGGAGGAGGACACUUCACAAGUCAGACAUUGCGUAUGGGAGGGAAGAGCGGUAUGCACUUCUAGACACCGUCCAGGAAACCCAUGCUUUGAUGCAGAGCAUGAUGGGCAAGAAGCGCAAAGACGCUCGCCCAGGAAGCUUGCAACAAAGAGCACACCCCAGCGUGCUGGCCACGCGCCAUAUCCUACGCCCACGAACUCCGACCCCAAGCUCAAGGUCUUCCCUGCAAGCUGGCGAGUUUCCCUUCCAAGAUAACUUGCUCGAAGACUAUGCCGAAGACGAAGACGAAGAGCGGCCCGUACGACGCACCCCCCACCGUGGAUCCCAGUUCGCAUCCAGUGGCAAUGACCGCAGUGCUACACUCGACACAGACCGUAAGCCAUCUAUCAGAACUCAGGACUUCUUGGACGAGGCUGGCAAGAUCAUGGCCAUGAUCCGAAAUGGUGUGAAGGCCCCCAGCGGCCUGACCAGUGUGGAGGAAUCCGAUGCGGAAUACGGCGAACCUAGUCCUGCUUUUGACGACUCGUACGAGUCGACCAGGGAACCAUUGUCUCGACCUCCGAGUCGCGAAGGGAAGCCAGUGCAAAGAGCACCGCAACGCCAGGAAAACCCAGAGAUUCUGGAUUACCUCAAGAAAUACCAGGAGCUCAGCGACAUGGGAGACGUCAUCACAUCUUCGCUUAGAUCUAUGGAUCAAGCUCAAGAUGCGAUCCGAGCUGCGCAGGAGGUUGAGCGACAGAUCGAAGAGAGCAGUCGCUCUAGAAACAUUGUUGAUGACCUCCAGUAUCUUGGAGGAGACGAAACCAUCAGCGAUCCCCCGAACAUUCGUAUCUCCGCGAACCCGAAUAGACAGCGAGAUGGCUCUACCGACUAUGACGAUUUCGGUACUCACUCGUCAGGGGCAUCUACCAACAGGACCAUGCAUACUGGCUCCUCUCGAGGCUCUGAGUCAAGGAAAACGAUUGCGCCACAGAGUGUGUCGCAUCUGAUACCGGAUCAGGUCGGUAGCAUGUAUCUUGAUCGCCAACAAAACAUUUGGAUCAAACGGAGGGGCGAGAGCAUCCGACCUAAAAGUUCGCAUGUUGUCAUCCCGUCUGAGGACAGCGAAGACGACCCUUUUGCAAGCAUUCCUGACUUGUCCGUCGACAUUACCAAAGAGAUGCUACACUUGAGAUUGGUGACAGCACAGAAGGAGGCUGAAGAGCGGGAAGCCAACAUGACACAAUCACCAAAGGGCUCCAUGGACACGCCCCGGAGCUCAUCCGGCAGAGGCUUUGUGACGCUGUCGCCCGAUGCGGCACUGCCUCGGGAUAUUGCGCUACAGGCAAGAACGGAGAUCCACAAGCUUGAAAGCAAGGCAGGAGACGGAGACGUUGAGCACGAGAUCCAGCUCGACGAGGAUCGCAUUGUGGACUCCUCACCGUCCCGGAGACGAAUGACGAUAUCAUUUUCUUCGCCCAUUGCCUCUAUCAUACAGGAUGUUGCCGCUGAGGAUAUCGAUAGCCUCGAGGAUGACGAGGGCAGUUUCGUGGAUGCGGACUCGAUGAUUGAAGAGUCCAAACGAGGCAAAUACCAAAGCUUGACGAAGACUGCACGGCGGACUUUGCUGCAACCACGCCCGCGUACAGCUCCGGCUCGUGGUCCAUCCCGACAGUUUUCGCUUCGCGGCCAGUCAUUUGUCCCUCGGCCCGUCUCCCGAAUCGACGAAAGGGAAGAGGAUAGUGUCAUUGGCGAUAAUGCUGACGAGCGCCAAGUCAGUAUCCUGGGCGAGAACAGUGCUUUGAGCUAUGUCUCUCCCAAGAACCAAGAGAAGAGUCUAAGUUUCAUCAUCAAGACUCCCGGCAAGACAAGGAUGGGCGGUCUCUAUCCGGACGCAAGCGCCAUUAUCAGUCACAACGUUGGCAACUUGUCACUGAGCCCCAUGUCAGAAUUCACACUGAACCACCACGAAAAGUCAUUCGGCUUUGAAGUCAGCUACGUUGUGGAGGACCAGCGUCUUGUCACUGGCGACGGCUCUAAGAAGGUCUUGUCUUUGACUGUUCGUGAGCUCGUCGAUCGCCUGACGGAAAUUGAGCCAUUUGAGCCUUACUGGGAGGACUUCACGGAACUUGACAUGAGCGAGAAGCGAUUGUCGAGCCUCCACAUGCUGGACGAGUUCUGUGGUCGUUUGGUGAGCUUGGAUGCGUCUAACAACAGCAUCGGUCAUCUCGACGGAGUGCCAACUUCGAUCCGACAACUCAAGAUGACGCACAACAUAUUGACUGAGCUGACCUCGUGGGAUCAUCUCGCCAACUUGCAGUACGUCGACAUCUCCAACAACGACUUGUCCAGUCUGUCGGCGUUGAAGAACCUCGUUCAUCUCCGGAGCCUGCGGGCCGACAAUAACAAGCUCACCUCUUUGGAUGGCUUGAACCAGCAUGAUGGACUUCUCUCGCUGCGGGCACGAAACAAUCAGAUCGAGAUGGCCGAUUUCGAUGGCACCAGGCUGCACCGAUUGACCGAGCUUGACCUGACUGGCAACAAAGUUUCGGAGCUUCGUGAACUCGGACAGCUCUCUUCUCUGCAAACGCUCAAGCUCUCGAAGAAUUGCCUCGAAGCCUUUACUGCGGCAGAUGCCCAGGGUCUAGACGGUUUGCGCUAUCUUGACCUCAGCGACAACAAUAUCUUGGAGCUUGAUAUCAGUCGCUUGCCAGCUGUCCGCUUGCUCCAUGCCGACAGGAACCGCAUCAGUAAGAUUACUGGUUUUACCAAAGCCCGGCAUCUGGAUAGUCUGUCUCUAAGAGAGCAGCGCGGUGAUGUACAGUUGGAUCUUUCCUUCCUUUCUUCGGCGUACGAAGUCCGCAAACUCUUCCUUUCUGGCAACUACAUUGGCACUUUUGAGCCCAAGGUAGACUUCCUCAACCUACAGCUGCUUGAGCUAGCCAACUGCGGGCUCCGUUGCCUACCGGAAGGGCUCGGCCAGCUGAUGCCGAACCUGCGCUCGUUGAACCUUAACUUCAACGCCGUCGCAGACCUGUCACCCAUUCGAUUCAUUCCCCGGCUCAAGAAACUUCUCGUUGCCGGCAACCGCCUGGCAGAUUCGACGACAGUCACGGAGCUUUUGACGGACUUCCCGCACCUGACACAAUUGGAUUUGCGGGACAAUCCAAUCACGCAGGGCUUCUACCCGCCAGUCCACGUAACCGUGUCGGCAGACCAGGGUCACGUCGCAGACCCGUUCACGCUCCCUGAGGCUGACCCGGAGAGGGACGCCAUGUUUGCCCGGCGUCUCGACGAGACGACGCGUCUCCGGCGACGACUCUACCAGGUUGUUUUUGUGGGCUGCUGCAAGAAGCUGAAGCUGCUGGACGGGCUACCUGUCAAGCGCCAGCACAUGCUUGCCCGCGACCCUUCAUUCCAGGCGUUGGUGAAGGAAGGUCUGCUUCCUAGCGAUGUCGCCCAAGUUCCGAUUGUUGCUCCGGCAGCUGUGGCUGAAGCUCCGAGAGAGGCGCCGGCGCCGGCUCAGAGGCAAACGCCGGCGCGGGCACCCGUGUCCGUCAAGGCUGACGACAGCAGCCGGUGGAACGCAGAGGACAGCUUUGCUUGA